AUGAAGAAUGAAACGAAGGAUUAUCAGUUCAAUGUUACUACUGUUCGUGUCAGUGGACAUUGUUUUGGUGGUGUAAAAACUGAGACAUCUGUGACAUAUGUGAAGAACGAAGAGGCUCAGCUAGACGUUAGUGCUGAAGGAUCUAACGGUUUUCGCUGUUCUGGUUCUGUGCUCAGUCUUGACCACCAAUCCACUUUGAAUCUGAAGAAUUUGCGUCUUGUUGCCUUCGCCAAUUUGAAUGGAACAGAUUUUGUGAAAGAACAAGUUUUUGAACAAUGCACUUUGGACGCCCGAACAUCUGAGAUAGUUCCCAUCGUAGUUGGCGCGUGUUUGGCAAUGCUAGUUAUUGUUGUCCUAAUAGCAUAUUUGAUCGGUCGAGCUCGAGCAAAGCGUCAGGGAUAUGCAUCUGUUUAA